AUGAGUCCUUCGAUCUAUACUCUACUUGCCCUGAGCCUCGUUGUUGGGACAGUGGCUCUGGACCGGGUGACUUCAACUCCAGUUGGUGGAGUUGCUGAGUAUACAGGCCAGCCCGUUGAUGUCUACAAUCCGUUACCAACUCUUAUCUACAACUGCGACAAUCUCCCGUCAAUUUGCAAAAAUGUAGAGGAGUACCUGACGGACAAUAACAUUCCGAUAGGCACGGGUUUGGACUUCCAUUAUGAUUCUGAUCGAAAGAGCACAGGAAAACGGCGUGGAAAGUCAUGUCCCGGCCAAGGAGCCUGGACAAAAGUUCUCACUUUCCCCUGCGGUAGUGACCCUGCGCAACCCGUCGUGAUGCCUGGGAAUUUACCUGCACGUGUUGGGCCCCUUGUCACCUGGCAAACCCCGGAGUUUGAGAUGGAGAUUCCUAACUUGCUGGGUAAUGGUCCCAGUGGGAUGAGGUAUACCUGUGAUGAAUUUCCAGCCGCUUCUUGGAUUGAAGGGGGAGUGGACGGUCAGGCUCCAUAUACCAGCGUAUACUGUGCACCCAAAGCCGUUUCGUGUGAAUCAAAAACCUGGGCAGAUGUGCAGACAAAAUAUGGUGCUGGGAUUUAUCCCAAUACUCUGAGCGAGCAGGACUGGCAAGCCCGAGCACACGCAUUACUCGGGAAUUAUGCCAAAGCACGGAGUCCAUGGCAAGACCCGGUAAUGAAGUUCCACUUUACUACCACCGUGUUGGGAGCUGCAAGCGCAGCGACAGCAGCCCAGGUAGUGAUGCCCGCCUAUGCGAACGUUGCAGCAACUACUGCGGUCGCCAACGCGAAACGAGAAUUCAUCAAGGAAACUGACGGCCGCUUUCACUGCACUGGCAAAUUUUGUGCAGACCUGAGCGAUGCAGGCUUUGUAUUCGAGGCCCCACCGCCCACGACUUCUUUCCAGCUGUUGAAGGAUGCUGGCGAUGAGACCGAGUCAGAGUCACCGCAUGCUACGUUCCACAUCUUAACAUCCUAG